UACACCAAGACCACCAAAACCAGCUCAACCAACGGAGACUUUGAGUUUUCACAGAGAAACCAAACUGUGAGAGAGAGCUCAGAGCCUUGCUGGAUCUGUAAUCAAACAUGGGCAACAGUCUAAGGUGUUGUUUAGCUUGUGUUCUACCUUGUGGAGCUCUAGACUUGAUCCGAAUAGUCCAUUUAAACGGCUAUGUAGAAGAAAUCACACGUCCAGUCACUGCCGGCGAGAUCCUUGUCGCCAACCCCAAUCAUGUUCUGAGCAAGCCUUGUUCACAAGGCGUCGUUCGCCGCAUUUUGAUUCUCUCGCCGGAGUCGGAGCUCAAACGAGGCAGCAUAUACUUCUUGAUUCCGGAGUCUUCGGUGCCGGACAGUAAGAAGAAGAAGAAAAGUAGUAGCGGCCUCAAGAAAUCGUCCAAGAAGAGACUAAGCAGUGGUGACGACGCCGCUGUCUCCGAAUGUGAUCGAUACUUGACGGAGAACGUCUCAGAAAAGAAAAAAUACUCAUCACGUAGAGAUCGCCGGACCGGACGAUCACUCGGAGCAUUUCAGCCUCAUCUUGAGAGCAUUUCUGAAGACUAACAGUUUUCCGGUGCCGGAGCAUGAUGUAUUUCCGGCAAAGUGCUUCCCCUUUUUUGGUUUCUUUUGUGGAUAUUUUUUUUUGUUGCCUUUUGUUUUGUUUUUGGGUCUGCGUUUAAUAGUGGCAGAUUCAGAGUUCCAGUAUUCAUGGUCUGUUUGAUUCUUCAGAAAAGAUCAUUACAUGAUGAGAGAGAGAGAGAGAGAGAGAGAGAGAGAGAGAGAGGAUUUGUAAUGCACAAAUUGUUUUACAGCUUGAAGUUGCAAGUAAAUAUGUUU